AUGGCAACUAGUACUGAAAUAUUCGAGGUGUCCAAUGAUUCCAAACAGGACCUGAUUCGAUGGAUGGCUCCGUAUAUGCCAACAUGUAUCGCCCUAUAUCGACGCAUACAACUUGGACAAUUCAAACCAGACUCUCAUUUGUUCAGUUCCGUCAACUUUGCCAGUUCCGCUCAUGAAAGGAAUACCAACGAUCCAUGGAUUGUCGCAUUCGUCGACCGUACAUGCAGGCCGGAGACUGAGGUCUGGAUAGCUGCCAGUUGGGAACACGACACGCCAACGGACGACUUAUGGCUUCCGCAAGCAGACAGCCUCGUGAAGGCAAUGAUCGAGAGAAUCAGCAAGGUCAAAUCGUCUCCUCAAGAAGCUGGCACUGUCGCCAUUCCGGGAAACCCUCCAGGACUUCCUUCAACAUUCAAGGGUAGUGCGAGUGUCGACAGAGAUCAUUAUCUACAGCACUUGCAGAAUGAGCAAAUCGCCUUGUUUGGAUCUAUACAUAGCGCCACACGCAAGAUUCUUAAUAGGCUGGGCUUGGUCGACCCAAGUUCUGCUGCAGUGUCAAACUUGCCAUAUAGGAAGUACAUCUUUGACCUGAGAGACAAUGUGAUCUCUCGAAGUUUGCCUGCUGGCUUUGUGUAUGGCAAGGUUGACCCCAAGGACUACCCACUGGUCAAAUCACGAACGCAGAUUCCUCGACAGGACAGGACCUUGGUCAAGCUACCCAGUGCUGCGAUAUAUCCUACAGACACUUCAUCCACCACACCGCAGCCCAUUGCAUGGGCUUUCCUCGGUUUGGACGCUUCACUUACGACCUUGCAUGUCGAGCCUGAAUACAGAGGUCUGGGGCUGGCCAAGAGCCUCAGCCUCAAAUUGUUCUCAGAGGACAUGAAAUUAUACUGGCAACACAAUCCAACUACUGGAGAGGAUAAUCACGUCAAAGAGAGGUGUGGUCAUGCAGAUGUGGCAACAGAUAACACCGCAAGUCAGAGGGUGUGUGAAAGUUUGGGGGGAACUUGGGAUUUUGAAGUUUUUUGGAUGAGAAUUGUUUUGGCAUAG